AUGUCAGAAUCUGAAAUAUCAAGCAAACAACAUAGUUUCGCAGCCCAUCCGACGCACCAACAAGAUAACAAAAAUAAAAAUGAGCAGUUGCACGAAGGGCUUGCUGAGCUCCGAAUUUCACUCGACUCCGUCAAGCAAAAGAUGAUGACUCUUGCCCAAAAUGCAGAACACAGUUUCUCCCGGAAUGUGGAACAACGACACCAAAAUGAGCGCAAGAUCGAGGACCUUUCGACAGCUCUAAAGCUUGCAGACCGAAGAUUCCACAAGCUCGAACGGAAAGUCCAAAAACUGGACGUCAAGAUAGAUAAUAUGGAAACCGAAGCUUACAUCACCAACUCCAAAGUUGACGGACACGAUAAGGUUUUUAAAAAGAUUAUAGCGAUGUUUGGUAGUAUUGAUCUUCAGGGGGAAUAUGAUAGCUAUGAAAGCGCUAGUCAAAAGGCUGCUGGUGGCAGUGAUCAAUAG